AUGAUUUCGCUCAAGUUUGUCCUCGUCGCGUUGAUGACCGCGGCUUCCGCUUUAGGUCAUGCUGAGCCUUCCACUCCCUUUGCUAACCACCACAAGGAAGUCGCUCGCCGCCAGCUCGAAAUGAAUAAAAGACAUGUCCUCGCUCGCAACUGUGCACCCCAAGUCGCCGAAUACCAGCGUCGACGUAAAGCUAGGCGCGCCCUUCGCAAACGUGGGCUGCCUACUGGACCAAUCCAGCUCAAGGGUAACCAACCCCAAGGCCAAGGACAAAACCAAGGCCAUCAGAAUGGUGGACAGAAUGGUGGACAGAACCAUGGCCAGCAAGGACAGGGUCCUCAUGGGCAUUCUGGCUUACCGGGUACCCCGACGGGCGGCGUGUCUUCUCCUGCGAGCACAUCUGUUGCCACUACGUCUGUUGAUACUACGGACGUCUCCACUAGUGAUGCUACGACCACUGACGAGACCACCGACGUUGCUACGAGCAUCUCGAGUUCGGACGAGGCAACGUCGACGAUAGUUGAUACAGAGACAACUGAUUCGACUUUCACGGAUGCAACAAGCAUCUAUUCUACUACGACCAGUACGGCUGCUGCUGCUCAUUACUCGGCGAUUAAAAACACGUGUGUGAUGGCUCCCGAGGUCGUGGAAGGCCCAUACUAUCUCCGUGACGAUUAUGUGCGCCAGGAUAUUCGCGAAGAUCAGGCAGGCACACCACUUUAUCUGGAUAUUGGCGUCCUCGAUAUCACGACUUGCACUCCCGUGACCGAUGCCUUUGUCGAAAUCUGGUCUGCCAAUGCUCAAGGCGAGUACUCGGGCUUCGGAAACGCUGGAACAACUGGAGGUGGAGGUAACGGGACAACACCUUCUGGGUCGGGUGGGCCUCCUGGAGGCAGCGCACCGACUCAGUCAGGUAACGACACCGCCAUUCCAACCGGGACCUUUAGUGGACCCGCUCCAAGUGGUAGCGGCAGUCCCUCGGGCGGAGGAGGAGGCGGAAUGUCGUCUGGCAAGGCAAACGGUGACAAUUUCUUGCGAGGUGGUUAUACCGUCGACGAGAAUGGCAUCGUCGAAAUUAUUGCAAGUGAUUCUCUCAGAACCAUUUAUCCCGGCUUCUACUCUGGCCGUACUGUCCAUAUUCACACAAUGGUCCACCAAAAUCUUAGCUACCAUUCGAACGGGACGAUCAUUUCCUCUUCGGGCAGCCUUCGUCACAUUGGACAAUUCUUCUUUGACGAGGCUUUCAACACCGAGGUCCUCGCCCAAGAAGCGUACUUGAAUAGCGGUCAAUCCCACACCUACAACGACGAGGAUGGAUACUCCAGACUGCAAACACGGAUGGAUAUAGUGCCUUUGUCGAGAUUGAGCGACUCGGAGAUACAUUGGACGAAGGGCUUCUGGUAUAUCACGGUCGGUAUAGAUACCAGUGCGAGCUAUACGAUUAGCACCAGUAACUACUGGGAUCCAGAUUUCGAGCCUGUGUCGGCUUCUUCGACGUAG